AUGUCCACACCCCAGUACAACUCCAACACUAGACAUAACCCCAAGCCUAAACGUAACCACAACCCUUGCUUCAUGUCCACACCCCAGUACAACUCCAACACUAGACAUAACCCCAAGCCUAAACAUGCAGUUCUGCCACCUUCCACCCCAGAUGCAGCUCUGCCACCUUCCACCCCAGAUGCAGCUCUGCCACCUUCCACCCCAGAUGCAGCUCUGCCACCUUCCACCCCAGAUGCAGCUCUGCCACUUUCCUUCCCAGAUGCAGCUCUGCCACUUUCCACCCCAGAUGCAGCCCUGCCACUUUCCACCCCAGAUGCAGCUCUGCCACUUUCCACCCCAGAUGCAGCUCUGCCACCUUCCACCCCAGAUGCAGCUCUGCCACUUUCCACCCCAGAUGCAGCUCUGCCACUUUCCACCCCAGAUGCAGCUCUGCCACCUUCCACCCCAGAUGCAGCUCUGCCACUUUCCACCCCAGAUGCAGCUCUGUCACCUUCCACCCCAGAUGCAGCUCUGCCACUUUCCACCCCAGAUGCAGCUCUGCCACUUUCCACCCCAGAUGCAGCUCUGCCACCUUCCAGCCCAGAUGCAGCUCUGCCACUUUCCACCCCAGAUGCAGCUCUGCCACCUUCCACCCCAGAUGCAGCUCUGCCACCUUCCACCCCAGAUGCAGCUCUGCCACCUUCCACCCCAGAUGCAGCUCUGCCACUUUCCACCCCAGAUGCAGCUCUGCCACCUUCCACCCCAGAUGCAGCUCUGCCACUUUCCACCCCAGAUGCAGCUCUGCCACUUUCCACCCCAGAUGCAGCUCUGCCACUUUCCACCCGAUGCAGCUCUGCCACUUUCCACCCCAGAUGCAGCUCUCCACUUUCCACCCCAGAUGCAGCUCUGCCACUUUCCACCCCAGAUGCAGCUCUGCCACUUUCCACCCCAGAUGCAGCUCUGCCACUUUCCACCCCAGAUGCAGCUCUGCCACUUUCCACCCCAGAUGCAGCUCUGCCACUUUCCACCCCAGAUGCAGCUCUGCCACUUUCCACCCCAGAUGCAGCUCUGCCACUUUCCACCCCAGAGAGCUCUGCAGCUCUGCCACAGCUUCCACCCCAGAUGCAGCUCUGCCACUUUCCACCCCAGAUGCAGCUCUGCCACUUUCCACCCCAGAUGCAGCUCUGCCACUUUCCACCCCAGAUGCAGCUCUGCCACUUUCCACCCCAGAUGCAGCUCUGCCACUUUCCACCCCAGAUGCAGCUCUGCCACUUUCCACCCCAGAUUUGCCACUUUCCACCCCAGAUGCAGCUCUGCCACCUUCCACCCCAGAUGCAGCUCUGCCACUUUCCACCCCAGAUGCAGCUUCCACCCCAGAUGCAGCUCUGCCACCUUCCACCCCAGAUGCAGCUCUGCCACCUUCCACCCCAGAUGCAGCUCUGCCACUUUCCACCCCAGAUGCAGCUCUGCCACUUUCCACCCCAGAUGCAGCUCUGCCACCUUCCACCCCAGAUGCAGCUCUGCCACUUUCCACCCCAGAUGCAGCUCUGCCACUUUCCACCCCAGAUGCAGCUCUGCCACUUUCCACCCCAGAUGCAGCUCUGCCACUUUCCACCCCAGAUGCAGCUCUGCCACUUUCCACCCCAGAUGCGGAAGGCUGACAUCGACGGAUGCGAGAGAUUUCUAGCUUAA